CUUCAACAUUUACUUGCCUAAUUUCACCAUUUAAGUCUCCGACAAAAAGGAAAAAAAAAAGAAGAAAAUAAGAUGUCCUUUUUAUAUCCACCGCCACCUCCUCCCCCAAUCACAACCGCCAGCCCCGGCGGCUCAUCUUCCACCACCAUCGUCAUCCCUCAUCCUCAGUAUGACAGCUCCAUUCACGCUGACGUCAUGAACGACACCUCACCUUCCCCUUCCCCCUCUGCCUCAUUCAUCGUCAUCAUCGUCAUUGCUUCUGCUAUUAUCGUCUCCGCCUCCAUCUACCUCCUUCUCCGCUUCCUCUCCCGCCGUUGCCACCGCACUUUCCGCACAUUUUCUUCCACUUCAGUCGCGGAUGACGUCGUGUUGCAGAACCGGCGAAUUUCGGUUUCUGGAUGCGUAGACGACCGUCGUGUAGCGGAUAGCAGCUUGUUCGACUCGUUGCCGCUUUUCACUUUCGGCUCCGUCACGGGAAAGCUCGCCGCCGGGGAUUGCGCUGUCUGCCUUUCGAAAUUUGAGCCCCAGGAUCAACUCCGACUGCUACCUCUGUGUUGUCACGCGUUUCAUGCUCAUUGUAUUGACACGUGGCUUGCCUCCAACUUGACUUGUCCUCUCUGCCGGAUUGCUGUAAAUGCAUCAGAUGCCGACGUACUCAGCAAAAUCAUCGCCUCCUCUGAAGGUACUCAAAGGAACAAUGAUAUGAAUAGCAAUGGAAAUAACAACGUGAACAGAAGCGGCAGUUUCAGGGUCGAGAUAGGUAGUAUAAGUAGCCGGCGAGGAACAUCUGACACCUCGGGAGACGGUCGGAGGUCCUAUUCUAUCGGUUCAUUUGAUUACAUCGUCGACGACGGAUGUGAGGUUCCGGUUGACUCGACGCAUCACAGAGGCGUCUCUGAUUGUACUUCGACGGACAAGGAGUCCUUUGGCAUUCCCGUUACUGGUCCUCCGGGAGAGAGUUUGGCUGCAGAGGUGGCCAGCGGUCGGAGUUGGCUUAGAGAUUACGUGGACAGGUUGAGUUCUUUCUCGUUCUCUUCUCGUACCAUGUCGUUCCGGAGCUCCGGGAGGUACAUGUUCGGAAGCAGUCGCCGGAACGACGUGGUCGUCCCCGUCGCGGACCUGGAGGCGAAUCCGAAUCCAAUAGGGGAGGAGAUUGGCGAGUAUUUUCGGUGGCUAUCAGGGGUAUGAAUUGUAAAAUUCAAUUACAGGUCAAGGGCAACUUAGUCUAUUCACAAUACACAGACGGUUACCCAUUUUUGCUGCAUCCACUCCCUUUCUUUUAAUUUCUCUUUUCCCUGAAGUGGAUCUAGCAAAAAGUACAAUGUAGAUAGUGCUCAUUAGCCACUUAUUUUAUUU